AUGGUGAACUUGAAGACUUUCAUCACUGCAUUUGGGCUGCUUGCUCGCACAAAUGCAGGUCUGUUGCGCUUUGGAUGUGCACAAUUAACCGUACAGCGUCUGGAUCCAUUAGUGAACCCCGGCUCUAACCCGUCGCCGCAUCUCCACCAGAUUAUCGGAGGCAACUCGUUCAAUGUAACUAUGGACCCCCAGAAAGGGCAUGACCUCGCGAAGCUAUCGACUUGCACGACCUGCGAGUUCAGCGAGGAUUUCAGUAACUAUUGGACUGCCGUAGUCUACUUCCGCGCUAAGAAUGGCACUUUCAAACGCGUACCACAACGAGCACAGCAAGGCAUGGACGGUACGCAAGGCGGCAUGGUGGUAUACUACAUGACAGAUGCACUCUUCGACACCGCCCAAGCCUCCAAAGUAACAGCUUUCAAGCCGGGAUUCCGCAUGCUCAUCGGCGACGUCAGCUACCGCAACCGAGAAUCCGCUCGCGACUUCCGCCAGCUAACAUACAUUUGCAUGCAAAACGAAGGCACCCGAGAGCCCGAGACACUGGAAUUCCCCACUAAGCCCUGCCCGUCCGGUAUCAUGAUCAAUCACCGCUUCCCCACAUGUUGGGAUGGCGUAAAUCUCGACUCGCCCAAUCACCGCGAACACGUCGCUUACCCCGAGACCGGGACAUUUGAAAGCGGCGGUGCAUGCCCCUCGACACACCCCGUCCGCCUUCCGCAGAUCCUCUUAGAGACGGUGUGGGAUACGAAGCAGUUUAAUAAUAAAGCGGAUUGGCCUGCGGAUGGCAGUCAGCCGUUCGUCUGGUCCUCUGGAGAUAAGACGGGCUUUUCGACGCAUGCGGAUUAUCUGUUUGGGUGGAAGGAUGAUAGUCUGCAGAAAGCUAUGGAUGGGCAUAAUUAUGUGAGUGCGCCAACGUUAAAGAAGCAGAAUAUUGCUACGCAGAAUAAAUGCAAUGUGAAGGAUAUGGUGGGUGAGCAAUUCGAUGGAUGGCUGACCCAGUUGCCGGGGAUUGCCAUGGUUGAUUAG